AUGUUAAGGGAAGAUAUUCAAGUUCAAAGACGAUUUGCUAUCACUGGCAUGGGUGGGAUUGGGAAAAGUGAAGUCUGUCUCCAGGUUAUCCAAGAGAUGUUCUCGGGCGUCUUCUGGGUUGAUGUAUGCAAUGAUGGCACAGCAUCUGAUGGGUUCAAUACCAUUGCAGGUGCACUUGGGUCCGCUUCUAAGACUAUUAACGGCACAAAACUUUUGCUGGCCAAUGCACAGGAUGACUGGUUGCUAAAUUGA